AUUAAUGUCUUGCGUUAUUUAAUAUUAUCUUUGUCAUUGAUGGGCGUUAGUUUCCAUUUUGGUCAGUGUAAAUUGCUCUCCAUAUAUCAAGAUAGGACAGGCAUACAAGGAUGGUUUACAGCAGGACAUUGGCAGUAUCUAUUAUGGUAUGUUGUAUUUAGUCUCUCUACUUUUAGUGCACUUGCAAUCUGUAUUCAUGCUACCUGUUGCAAACGAGCACAUAUCUUACGAGGCGAUAAAUAUCUUGGUCAUAUCAACAUUUUGAUGUUGAUGGCCAUUAUCAUCAUUCAUACAUUUUUCUCUGGUGGACAAGAACCGUGGACAGACGGUCUUGUCGAAUUUAAAAAACCUGCUAUGGGUCUUAACCUACAUUGUCUAUUUCUAUACAUAAAUAGAUGUCUUUUGAUAGAUGCUACUUAUGUUGUAUCUGCACUGUUAUGUGUUUCAUGGAUUGCUUUAGUUACUUGUACAUUUUUAACAAGACCGCUACAAAGGGUAUCUUCUAUUACUAAACUUCCAAAUGAGAAAAUAGUAAAUAGAAAUAAAGAGCAAGUAGAUCCAACAUUAUUUCUUUACAAUGAACCACCACCCGUUCCUCCUCAUAAAGAUGGCUAUCCUAUGGCAAAUCAUUCUGAUUUUUACUAUUGGCAGCAACAACCUACUACUCCGUACCAGCAGUCACUAUCUAGGCAUUAUGUUCCAGAUAACUAUAUAUUACCACAACAAUAUGACAAUUAUUCGUAUCACUAUUAACG